AUGUUAAAUGCUACUGCACAACACAAUAAUAUUGGAAUGAAAAUAAGAGAUGGUCCAUUUUCUCAGUAUACCACGCCUGCAACAACAUUUGUAGUUGUUCAACCAACCGUUUUACAAACUAAGACGACAACAAAUGAAGCAAUAACAUCAAUAGAAGAAACUCCAGAACCGUCAGAAGAAACUCCAGAACCUCAGUAUACCACGCCUGCAACAACAUUUGUAGUUGUUCAACCAACCGUUUUACAAACUAAGACGACAACAAAUGAAGCAAUAACAUCAAUAGAAGAAACUCCAGAACCGUCAGAAGAAACUCCAGCUAGUCAAACAUCUGCAUCAAUCUUUUAUAAUUGA